AUGGCGAAUGUUCUGCAAGGCGGGGACGGCAUGAUGGGAGGGGCCGGAGGCUUUCCGCUCGAGCAGUGGUUCUACGAAAUGCCCGUGUGCACGCGCUGGUGGAUGACGGCGGCGCUGAGUGCCAGUGUGCUGGUGCAGUGCCAUAUCAUCUCGCCCUUCCAGCUCUUCUACAGCGUGCGCACCGUCUUCUUCAAGAGCCAGUACUGGCGACUGCUCACCACCUUCUUCUACUUCGGCCCACUCAGCCUCGACCUCCUCUACCACAUCUUCUUCCUCCAGCGAUACGCGCGCCUGCUCGAGGAAUCGUCCGGUCGCUCCACGGCACACUUCGCAUGGCUCCUCACAUUCGCUUCGACGCUGCUCCUCUGCAUCGCGCCCAUGUUCUCCAUGGCCUUUCUCGGCUCGGCUCUGUCCAGCACCCUCAUCUACAUCUGGAGCAGGAAGAACCCGGACACCAUGCUCAGCUUCCUUGGCCUGCUGGUCUUCAAGGCGCCCUACCUGCCCUGGGUGCUCUUGGCCUUUUCGCUCAUCAUGCAUGGGACGGUGCCCAAAGAUGAGAUGUGCGGCAUCGUCGUCGGCCACAUCUGGUACUAUUUCAACGACAUUUACCCGCCGCUGCACAACAACCACAGCCCUCUCGAUCCUCCCGCGUGGUGGCUCCGCCUGAUCGAAGGGCCGCCUGCUCCGGCAGAAGAGACUGCCGAGGACGAGGCGCCGAACAAUAUGGACGCAGGCGGCGAGGACAAUGCCGCAGAGGCGGAGCGAUAA